UUAUUUUAUUUUUUACUAAACUUGCAUUUUUUAAAGUAAAUUUGGGUUAAAAACUCCAAACAGGAAAACUUUAUUGAACCUAAAAACUGAAGUAAAAGAACACAUGAUAAAAUGUCCUUAAAGUAAGCUGAUUCUUUGUUCAAAUGAAAGCAUUACGGAGCCUGCAGGUAUAAUGGAAAGCAGUUCCACUUUCUUCCAAGCCGCUAUCUUCAGUGAUCCGCAGCUGAUGAGAGCUUUACAUCGGUCAAAAACACGGGGAAACCAAACUGCUGUCAUUUGAGCGCCGACCUAUCAGAAGACUCAACAGCAGAGUCACGUGGAAACAUCUGAGGUCUCGUAGGCAAGCGGAAAGAUGAGAAAAGACCCCAUGGCACUCCACUGGAGCGCAGACAAGCCCGUGCGUAAAACUUGAAGCUUAUUACGCAGCUGCGUAACAUCGGAGGGAUCUGGGACCAUCUCUCCUGCUCGAUCCCAGGCGAACACACACAAACUAUUAGCGGCAAGAGCUGCAGGAGAAUUGGUUGUAUGGCACCGCAGUUGUGCGUAAUGAAUUGCGCGCAGGGAUCACCGCCCUCGGCUGCUCACCAGCGUCCAUCAGCGCAAGACGAGGCCGCUGGAGGAGUUGGACAUGACAACCUGAACCUGGCAUCUCUGAAAAGAUGCAAAAGCAGAGGUUCGGACCUGCCUUUCAGCGUGGAGUCCCUCAUUUCGGACAGUAGGAGCUCACCAGAGCCCGACUCCGGGCGCGUCCGGGUGGAGGAGACCGAGUGUGCGUCACCGAGCGGAACUCAUCGGUCCAAGUCGGAGGCGGCGGACUUCAGCGAGGACACGGGGGCUUGGCUUCAAGGUUCUUACGCAUCCUCCAUAAGACUUCCCAGCCCAACUGCAUGCAAUCUACGGAAACACAAGAACAACAGGAAGCCCAGAACUCCCUUCACAACUUCUCAGCUGCUUUCCCUGGAAAGGAAGUUCCGUCAGAAACAGUACCUCUCCAUCGCGGAGAGAGCGGAGUUCUCCAGCUCCUUGAACCUCACAGAGACUCAGGUCAAGAUCUGGUUCCAGAACCGCAGAGCCAAAGCCAAGAGAUUGCAGGAGGCCGAACUGGAGAAGCUAAAACUGGCCGCCAAGCCGCUUUUGCCGGCCUUCGCCUUCCCUCUCCCCCUGAGCGCAUCCAUGGGCGCACCGGGCCUGUACGGGGCUCUGAGCGGCCCGAGGCCCGCCUUACCGGUACCGGGACUAUUCAGUGGACCUUACGGGAUGUACUACUUAUCUUAACUAAAAAACUUUGAGCUGCUUAUUGACAGAGUUGCCUUUAAGAUGUCUUUAUAAUGCAAACCGUCUUGGAUCAAUUUGUUCAUUUGAACUUUUUGUGAUGAAACACAAACUGAAGUUUUUUUUUUUUUUUUACAAAACAAUUGUUAACAGGAAUUCGUAAUAUUGAAUUUUCUCAAGGUAAACAUAAUGCUAUGAUGCCAAUUGUAAUUGUGGGUUUUUACUCAAAUUACUUGGAUUAUAUGAACAUUUUUAAUAGCAGAGAAACACAGCUCUUCCAUCUGUUCUUUGUUUUAUUCACAGAGAAGAUGCCUUUAAGAUUUACAAAACUCCCAAUAGAUAAUUCUCAGAUGUAAUAAAACAUUUUUUAUUUUAAAAUGUUGAUUUGAGGCCUUAGAAAAAGUUAGAACUUCUACUUUCAGGUGUUAAAACACAUAAUUUAAAGGCACUUUUAUUUAUUUUUUUUUUACCCGCCAAAAAUAGAAAAUGAAAUAAUUCUAACUCUGAAGUACUUAUUUCAACAUGGCAGGACUCAAUUUCUGUCCAAACCCAAUUAGGAAACACAGUAGGCCUAUAUAUUAAAUAUUAAUAUUUCCACAAUGUAAGAAAAAAAAUAUUGUACUAGUUAUUAUUACAUUUGUGUAACAUUUCUUUAAAAUAUUUGUACGGAAGCCUUUUAAAAGUUAGACAAAGAACACUUUUUGUAUGGAUUAAAUUUUUAUCUUUGGAUGGUAUGGAUUUAAAGAUGUUACAACUAAACCUAAGAGAUUUUUAGUGCCUUUAACCAGCUGCUGUGAUGAAAACAGUGCUAACAAAACGGGAUUUUUCUCCUAAAAAAAACAAAAAGCAGUUAAAGAUGAGCUUUCAAGCUUGCAAAGAGAUUUCACUGUGAACACGAAGGUCUUUGGUGAAUGUAAAAAAUGUCCAAAGGUCACAAUAUUUGUUCCCAAUUUAAUACUGAUUUUUUUUCUUUCAGCUUCAGAACUAAAAAUCUGCUUUAUUGUUUGCUUCGAUAAACGGUUUUAGCAGCAUUUGUUUGACUAACGUGAUCAAGGGUCCAUUUUAAGUACAUUCAACAGUGCUAAACGUGACUGAAACACUACUCUGUAAUUACUGUACAUUGUGUUUUAUAUUUUAAAAGUGAAAAAAUGUCUUUUUUACAAUUAUUACAGUGAAUUAUAUAAAAUUUGUCAUUACUUGUUUU